AUGUUUGAGGGGAAUUAUGAGUCGAACUUUACUGCCUGUGGAGGCAAGGAGGUCUUCCUCGGCAUAGACGAGGCUGGAAGAGGUUGCGUUCUGGGGGCGAUGGUGUACGCGUGCUUUUACUGUCCGCCAGACGAACUAGAAAAUCUCAAAGCCAUGAAGGUUGACGAUUCAAAGAAGCUGACGGAGGAACAGCGGGAGGCGGCGUUUGAGGCUUUUAUGAAGCAAAAGGAUGCCUUCGGGUGGAGAAUUCACUCAAUCUCUCCUCAGGAGAUCAGCGCGAAAAUGCUACGCAAGCGAAAAGUGAGCCUGAAUGACAUUUCACAUGACGCUGCGGCGGACCUCAUCGCGGCGGUGUGCAAGGAGGGCGUGCGGGUUACACAGGUGUUCGUGGACACUGUGGGCAAGGCAGACCUAUACGAAAAGAAGCUGCAGCGCAUGUUCCCCUCAGUGAAGAUUACAGUGAGGGAGAAGGCGGACUCGCUUUUUCCUGUUGUCAGUGCUGCUUCAAUUCUUGCGAAGGUCACCCGCGACAGAGCCCUUCGUUUGUGGCCUUCCCCAGUGCGGCCCAACAAACGCCUCAAGCAACUGCAGCUACAGCAGCUGCAGAACUUGCAGCAGGAGCAGCGACUGCAGCAAAGCAAGCGGCCUAAGCGCGAGAAUGCAGCUGCCGUUGCUGAAAACUCACCGGUUGAGGCAUCUGAGGACGAGCCAGAAGUGGCCAAAGAGACUGUCUACGGAACCGGCUACCCUGGGGACCGGGUGACAAUCACAUUUCUCAAGGAGUACAUGGACCCUGUCUUCGGCUUCCCUGAGUUAGUCCGAUGGAGUUGGCAAACAGCGAAAGAACUGUUUGAGAAGGAGGGGAUGCCAACAGUUUGGUAUGAAGAAGUUGAGGAUGAAGAAGGGCAGGAGGGCGAAACUCCAUCCGCAAAGCAAAGCCGGAUAACAAGCUUCUUUCAGCUGAAACCGAAGUCAGGGGCAGUCAUUGAUAGACCGAAGUUCUUUGUGCGAAACAGAAUUGAGUUAAUAACUGCCGCUUCUCGCCUCUAA